UAGUUCAACAUUAACCCAGAGUGGUCAGCACAGGUCCUCAGAGUCCCCGGAGCGGACGCACUAUGGCGCACAUCCGAGGCCUGUGGGCAGCGGGCUGCCUGGCCCUCGCUGUCCUGUUGAGCCUGGUGCGCAGCCAGCAUGUGUUCCUGGCCCCUCAGCAAGCAUUGUCGCUGCUCCGGCGGGUCCCACGCGCCAACAGUGGCUUCCUGGAGGAGGUGCGCAAGGGCAACCUGGAGCGAGAGUGUGUGGAGGAGCAGUGCAGCCACGAGGAGGCUUUUGAGGCCCUGGAGUCUGUCACCAUCACGGAGGUGUUCUGGAGCAAGUACAUAGCUUGUGAGUCGGUGAGGAAACCUCGAGAAAAGCUCAUUGAAUGUCUGGAGGGCAGCUGUGCGGAAGGUCUGGGUAUGAACUACCGGGGGAACGUGAGCGUCACCCGCUCGGGCAUCGAGUGUCAGCUCUGGAGGAGUCGCUACCCACAUAAGCCUGAAAUCAACUCUACCACCCACCCGGGGGCCGACCUGCAGGAGAACUUCUGCCGUAACCCGGACGGCAGCACCAGUGGGCCCUGGUGCUACACCACAGAUCCCACUGUUCGGAGGGAGGAGUGCAGCGUCCCUGUCUGCGGCCAGGGGGGCGUCACUGUGCCCGUGACCCCGCGCUCCAGAGGCUCCACCGUGAAUCUGUCACCCCCAUCGGAGGCCUGCAUCCCUGAGCGUGGCCGGUACUACCAGGGUCGCCAGGCGGUGACCGCGCAUGGGUCCCCCUGCCUGGCCUGGGCCAGCAGUCAGGCCAAGGCCCUGAGCAAGGACCAGGACUUCAACCCUGCCGUGUCGCUGGUGGAGAACUUCUGCCGCAACCCGGACGGGGACGAGGAGGGCGCGUGGUGUUACGUGUCGGAGGAGCCCGGUGGCUUCGAGUACUGCGACCUGGACUACUGCGAGGAGCCGGUGGAGGAGGUGGAUGAGGACGCGCUGUCGGUGGACCCGGACGCGGCCAUCGAGGGGCGCACCGGUGAGGGGGAGUUCCAACCCUUCUUCAACGAGAAGACCUUUGGCGCUGGGGAGGCAGACUGUGGGCUGCGGCCUCUGUUCGAGAAGAAGUUGGUGAAGGACAAAACGGAACACGAGCUUCUGGAAUCCUACAUCGACGGGCGCAUCGUGAAGGGUUGGGACGCAGAGAUUGGCCUUGCACCCUGGCAGGUGAUGCUUUUCCGGAAGAGUCCCCAGGAGCUGCUGUGUGGGGCUAGUCUCAUCAGUGACCGCUGGGUCCUCACUGCUGCCCACUGUCUCCUGUACCCACCUUGGGACAAGAACUUCACCGAGAAUGACCUUCUGGUGCGCAUCGGCAAGCACUCCCGCACUAGGUAUGAGCGAAGCAUCGAGAAGAUCUCCAUGCUGGAAAAGAUCUACAUCCACCCCAGGUACAACUGGAGGGAGAAUCUGGACCGAGACAUAGCCCUUCUAAAGCUCAAGAAGCCCAUCAUCUUCAGCGACUACAUCCACCCUGUGUGCCUGCCUGACAAGGAAACUGCAAUCAGACUGCUCCGCGCCGGAUACAAAGGUCGGGUGACCGGCUGGGGCAACCUGAAGGAGAUGUGGACGUCCAGCGUCACCGAGGUGCAGCCCAGCGUCCUGCAGGUGGUGAACCUGCCCAUCGUGGAGCGGCCGGUGUGCAGGGCCUCCACUCGGAUCCGCAUCACCGACAACAUGUUCUGUGCCGGUUUCAAGCCCAAUGAAGGGAAACGAGGGGACGCUUGUGAAGGCGACAGUGGGGGACCCUUUGUCAUGAAGAGCCCCUUUAACAACCGCUGGUAUCAAAUGGGCAUCGUCUCAUGGGGUGAAGGCUGUGACAGGGAUGGAAAAUACGGCUUCUACACACACGUGUUCCGCCUGAAGAAGUGGAUACAGAAGGUCAUCGAUCAGUCUGGAAGUUAGGGGGCUGUUCACUGAAAAAUCAUAGAAACCAAUCCAGCAGGAUUAUUUUUGUGGUUUGUUCCUGAAGCUGUGUAGUUCCAAUAAAAGUGGCUGUCAACAAGCC